CGGAACCGCAUACCAAAUUCCAGGUCAUAGGGGAAAACAAGCCCUGUUUUCAAACCAACACGACUAAAAUACCAGACCCGUUGGAGCCUUUAUAACUAUUAUAGUUUAUUAUAGGCAUGAUGAGUACUUCCCCGAGGGUUUAUGUGCACUACACACUAAGUUUGUUUGUUGCGUAUAUCAAAGUUUUUCACAUCACACAAAAAGUUGAUCAUGCACACACACAUACACAUAUCCAUCCGCUACAAAGAUCUUGCCGUCCGCACAAUCUUAAAACAAUGUCUUUUAUAUAUUUUUUUAGCUGCAUUCUCCCAGUUAAAACCUGUGACAGUUGAGCUUCACAAAAAGGAAAACAGGGAGGCCCAUAAAACAGAUGACUACGAGAUACAAGAACUGAUACUUAGAAGGGGACAGGCGUUUGACGUCACGGUGACGUUCAACAGAGACUACGAUCAGGAGAAUGACAUCCUUGUGGUUCAGUUUGUAACAGGUAAACGACCUCAGGAAAGUAAAGGAUCUAUUGUUCGAGUUGGAGUUGGAGAAAGUCUUUCCCCAAAACACUGGGGAAUGCAGGUCAAGGAAGCCAGUGGAAGCACUGUCCACCUAUCAAUCAUGUCAUUUGCAAAAGCCAUCAUUGGUCGAUACGAGGUGUUCAUUGAAACUAAACGCAAGGAGGCUUCUGGAGAGGAAUCUUUGUUUCGAUAUAAACAUGAAGAGCAGAUCUGUAUCUUGUUCAAUGCUUGGUGUUCAGACGAUGCAGUUUAUAUGGAAAACGAUGAGCAGCGUAAUGAAUACGUCAUGGAAGACUUUGGCUACAUAUGGAGAGGUAUUUCUUAUCGACCAGAGAAAAAUCCAUGGAAUUUCGGACAGUUUGAGGAUGUUGCUUUGAACUCUGCACUAUGGCUGUUGGAUAAAUCUGAGCUCUCCAGUAUUGCGCGGUCCAGUCCAAUCCACGUUGUGCGAACUUUAUCAGCAAUGGCAAACUCAAAUGACAGAGAUGGUGGCGUGUUGUUAGGGCGAUGGUCUAAUGACUUUCGUGGAGGCACAGCGCCGCUGGCCUGGACUGGAAGUACUGCUAUUCUGGAAGAGUUCUGGGAGAAAAAGAAGACCGUGCGUUACGGACAGUGCUGGGUCUUCUCUGGGCUAGUGACUGCACUGUCACGGGCGUUAGGGAUCCCAACCAGAAGCGUGACAAACUUUGAUUCCGCUCACGACAAAGAUGAAAGCAUGACAAUUGAUUAUCAUUUCGACGAGGAAGGAGAUUUCAUAGGUCACAUGAGUGACUCUGUAUGGAACUAUCACGUGUGGAACGAGUCAUGGUUCAAGCGUCCUGAUUUACCAGAUGGUCAUGACGGAUGGCAGGUUUAUGAUGCCACACCUCAGGAAAAAAGCGAAAAGAUCUUUCGCUGUGGUCCUGCAUCAGUGAAAGCGGUAAAAAAUGGAGAGGUAUACCUACCUUACGACACAGGCUUUGUUUUUGCUGAAGUUAACGGGGAUAAUGUGUACUGGGAAGUCAAGAAAGACGGUUCAAUGGAGACCACGAACGUGGACAAAAACGCUAUUGGGAAUUCUAUUAGUACCAAGGCUCCAGGCUCCGAAGAAAGAGAGGAUCUUACUGGCGAAUAUAAAUAUCCUGAAGGUUCAAAUGAAGAGCGAAAUGCUGUUAAAUUGGCAUUCCAGUACAGCAGUCGCAUAGAGCACGAAAUUUACAAACCUGAAGUUGAAGAUGUUGAAUUUCGUCUGGAGGUUGGAGACACGGUUUACGCCGGCAAGAGUUUUGAUGCCGCGGUUGUUGUGGUAAACAAGUCAGAGAAUACACAAAACAUCAAAGUUAACUUUGCAGCUGUGUUGAGCUUUUACACUGGUGUGCCUGAACGGAGACUAAAAGGAUACAAGCUCCAAUUCCUGUUAAACUCAAACGCAGAAAAACGAUUAGUCUUGACAAUUGAGCCUGAAGAUUACAUUACUAAAACCGGUACAGGUGGCUCUAUCAAGCUAUACGUAAAAGGUAAAGUAGAAGAAACAGGCCAGUCCUUUGCUACCCAAGAUGUGGUCGAGCUGACGAAACCUACGCUGAACGUUACAGCAUCUGCAACACAAGUGAAGAUAGACGAAGAUGUUGAAGUCACUUUCUCAUUCACGAAUCCUUUACCAGUACCCCUUACAAACGGACAGUUUCACUUGGAAGCUACUCGGAUGACACCCAAAUCCUUGGUCGUUGAUUGCAAGGGCCCAGUGGGUAUUAAGGAAGAAGCCAAGAUGUCGGCCACUUUCACCGCGACAAGGAAAGGAAAACAUCACAUUGUCGUGAGCUUCCAGUCCGACGAAUUAACUGAUGUUCACGGCGAAUGUACCGUGUCGGAACCCGAAGCAACGUAAAACAACGUAUCAGCACAAUGAAUCGAACAUGAGCUCAUGCACUGUUCAUGUCACAGUGGAUUGUGCGUACUCUAGUUUCUGCCACUCACGGUUAAUUGUUACCCCCCAUAGCGGGUUUUUUUUUUUAGAUUACUGAUUUAAACUAUAUAUAGUUGUCUAGAUUUAUGAAAAUCGUGUCAAUCUCAAACUUUUCUGAUUUGAAAAGAGCCAGCUAUGCCUGACACCCGUAUCGCCAGGCUUCAGGCGAAAAAGUUCUACACCAUUUUUGACAGCGUUUUCGUAAAUCCGGACAUAUAAAUUUUAAUACUUCCCGAUGCGGUCCAUCUAAAAUCCAAUUACUCAGCAGUAGCCAUUAAUUCUCUCUUUCAAAGAAGAACGACAAUUUGACAAAGAGACUUCCUUCACGAAAUGGAGUUUAAAGGAUAACAAGAAAUUUUACAAAUAUCAACAUUAAAACCCUGCAGAUCAUUUUAUUCGUAUCAAUAUUCACAUUUACAUCGACUCUAUUAAAAAUGUGACGUCUAGUUGUAGUAAAUAAAAUGAUGACAUGUUACUAACAAAGACGUUUUGCUCCGACGCAACCAGCGUAAAAAAUGUGACAUUUCAUGCCAUUUACACCACGUCUUAUUCUUAAAUUACUCGAAAAGAGUAGAGCAGUUUUUAAUUGAGUGUCGUCCUACCAAAAUCAAAGUAAUCACUUUGACCAGUCAAUCAACCGACAGUCCAGUGAACCAAUCAAAACUCGAAGCAAACAAGUGCAGCUUGCGUGAACGGUGGGAAAACGUGUGCGAGUGAGAUGGUUUAACGUCUGACUGGUGUAGGAAUUGGCGCGAGGUUUUCAAACCAGUUAAUUCCGUAGAAAUGCACAAACAACGCAAAUAAACUUCGAAGUUCAACUGAAAACUCCUCUAACGAUGGCACUGCACAUACGUUGUAAUGCUGUACAUACCGUUUCAUUAAACAUGAAUUCAAAAAUAUCAUAACCUCGAUAGUUUUAAUGCAUAUAAUGAUGCGAUGGCACUGAAAACAUCUUUUGGUAUUAAUUAGUUCUUCGUGAAAUUAACAGCUUAAUGUCUUCCGCAACAGUCAUCUGAAGACUCAUCUAGACUUAGACACUUAAAUAAAGGUUUUACUUGCUUACUUAGACCAAAACUAAAGGUGAAGUAAGUACAUUCGAACAUAGAGGUAAUCUGCGAUCAGACGUUUUUUUUUUUUUUGCGAAGGGUUCAACCACAUUUAAUUUAACUAGCUUAAACUAAAAUAAAGAAAAGUGAAUGUCA